AUGGUUUCAGUUAGCAGACUCUACUGCGCAUAUUUUAUUGUAUUUUCAAAAACGUUUCCUGUUACCGGGUGUAAUAAAAAGCAAUUUGAAUGCGUAAUGAAAGAGAAACGUAGGGUUCUUUAUUUUCUUCAAUUCAGUAGUAAUCUUCAGAUAUAUCAAAAUGUCCCUGAGAGGUCUAAGUUAUUACGAACGGCAUUUCUUUCUUACAAACCGAUUAGUUCAAUUAUUGAUUGGUUUGCGGCCUUCUCAAAGUUCGAACGAGCAGUUGUUUCUUGUUUCUACUGUAACAAUUUUUUCAUUUCCAGCGAUUGUGUAUCAGCUUUAUCAGCUAUUCACGUUGGACAUGACAUCACAAGUCACCAUAAAAUUUUCUCUAACUCUUAUGUAUUUCUAACUAUAUUUCCAUGCAUUUUAAAUAUUUUCUUUUACAUCUUCGGUAAAUUGGAUGAUAAUGAACUAAAAUUACCUUUAUCCAUUAAUAAUGUAUUAAAACCAGGAGCGUUAUAUUAUAGUUUGCUUAUUUAUCAAGUGAUAUUAAUCUUUCUUUUAAUAACAGUAGCCAGUUUGUUUAUAUCUAUGUAUUUGAUAUUUGUACAACACGCGUGCAGUCAAUUCAGCGUUAUAAUGCUGAAAAUUCGUCAACCAUUUAAAAAGGAUCAGAAAUAUAUAAAAAGUUCGUGGUAUUAUAGAACAUCUCGUGAAGAAUAUGAUUGGAUAGUCGAUAUAAUAAAACGUUAUACAAAAGCCAUCGAGUUUGUUGAUUUGUUAAACAAAUUUUCCAAUAGAACUUACAUAAUAAUAUGUUUUUUUGCGAUGCUGAUCGUUAUCUUUGAUUUUCUUUAUAUGUUUCAAUUAUCGGAGAUAUUGCAUAAUGUAUUAGAAAUAAUAGAUUGUUGCAUUAUCAUUGUUGGUACAAUUGUAAUCUUAUACCUUAAUUUUUACGUCGGACAGAAACUAUUGGAUCAUGGCAAUGCAAUUUUUGAAGAAUUACGUCAAGUUCCGUUUAAUAAUCUUACCAUAAAAACACAAAAAAUGCUGUUAUUUGUGAUUGCAAGAAGCAUGAAACCAUGCGUGCUUUCAAUCGGAGGUAUAUUCAUCUCGUCGCAUGAAGUUUUUUCUAUGUUAAUACAAAAACCAUUAUAUUUCUUUACGAUGUAUUUACACGUUAUACCUAUUGCGAAAAGAGGUCAAAUAGAAUGCGUAAUGAAGAAGCAACGUCAAGUUUCUUCUUUAUUUCGUUUGAAUAAACACGAGAUUCACUGA